CCAGGGCCUGUUAUCCUAAGCAAGAUCCCGAGCGUGGUGGCAGUCACAUGAUCUCGACAGAUGACUUGGAAUAUCCGCGGGAGUACCGGACGCUGGGCAACAGCACCCGGCGCUUCUCCAAUGUGGGCCUGGUGCACACGUCGGAGCACCGCCACACCGUCAGCGCUGCCCAGAGCCUGGAGGCCCUGACCAACCUGCACAAGGCCGACAUGGAACGGAAGAGGGACGCCUUCAUGGACCACCUGAAGAGCAAGUACCAGCAGCAGCAGCAGCAGCUGCAGCAUCCGCACCACAGCCCGCACCACAACCCGCCAUCGCCAUCACCCUCCCACGCCAGCAUGAGGGGCACGUCGGAGCGCUCUGCACGUGAGCAGCAACAGCCCAACUACUGGAGCUUUAAGAGCCGCAGUCCCCGGCAUUCCCAGUCUACCCAGUCUGGGCUCGCCGACCAGGCCGCCAAGCUCUCCUUCGCCUCCGCCGAAUCCUUGGAGACCAUGUCGGAGGCCGACAUCCCCAUCGGGUUCAACCGGAUGAACCGUUUUCGCCAGAGCCUGCCGCUGUCCCGCUCCGCCAGCCAGAAUAAGCUGCGAUCUCCAGAUGAAUUUUCAGGCGUGCUGUUCCUGCAGUAUGGGGACGAGACGCGCCGCGUGCACAUCACCCACGAGCUGAGCAGCCUGGACACGCUGCACGCCCUCAUCGUCCACAUGUUCCCCCAGAAGCUGACCGCGGGCAUGCUGAAGUCCCCCAACACGGCCAUCCUGAUCAAGGACGAGGCGCGCAACGUCUUCUACGAGCUUGAGGACGUGCGUGACAUCCAGGACCGCAGCAUCAUCAAGAUUUACCGCAAAGAGCCCAUCUACGCCUCCUACCCCGCUGCGGCGCACCUGGCGAAUGGAGAUCUGAGGAGGGAGAUGGUGUACUCCUCUCGCGACUCCUCCCCAACCCGCCGCAUCAACACCCUCCCCUCCUCUUCGGCCUCAGCGUCUUCUGGCUCUCCAUCCCGCUCACGCCUCUCCUACAGCGGCGGCGGCGGCCGCCCUCCGUCCUUCACCGGGUCCCAUUCCCAGCACGAACAGGCUCGACACCCCCACCAUCCCCCAGCCGGCCACGGUGCCAAUGCAGGCCUGUCUCCUUCGCCCAGCGCCAUCCUGGAGCGCCGUGACGUCAAGCCUGAUGAAGAGGUUUCUGCGAAAAACAUGGCGCUAAUGAAGAAUGAGGGGCUCUACGCAGAUCCCUACAGCUUGGUGCACGAAGGCCGCCUCAGCAUCGCUUCCACUCAGUCUUUAGCAGCCAUCGGAGACCCCUUUAGCUUCCCUGUUUCCAGUGGCCUGUACCGCCGUGGCUCUGUGCGGUCCCUCAGCACCUACUCAGCUGCAGCUCUUCAGGGAGAUCUGGAUGACUCCCUCUACAAACCUGGUGGUUCGCUCUACUCCGACACAUACUCCUCAGCCACUCUGGGGAUGGGCUUUCGCAUGCCGCCCUCAUCGCCACAGAAAAUCCCUGACAUGCAGCUAAGGGAAAGGGAAUCGUACUCCGGCUCGCCCAGCAGAGCCUCACCUGUCAGGCAGUCGUUUCGCAAGGACUCAACCUCUUCCUCCGUGUUUGUGGAGAGCCCAAAGUCGAGGCCCAGCUCCAGCUCAGAGCCUCUGUGCCUGACAGCCGGGCCUGGAGAGGGUGGCAGGGCCACGCCUGGUUUCGGUUCCUCGUUGUCUGGACAAGACGCAGACAUUAGCAGGGAUCAUCGUCUGGAGCGCAUGGAGGCCAUGGAGAAGCAGAUAGCCAGCCUGACCGGCCUGGUCCAGAGUGUGCUGACCAGAGCACCAGACAGUGACAGCACAUGCGGCCUGCUGCGUCUCUGCAUGAUGGCGGGCUGCCCUCCGGACCAAGGGACGGAGUUCUCACGGCCAUUACCUUUUUCUUCCAGCGAGAAGACCGAAACCAACAGCGACGGCUCCGCCACUGGAACUGGACGGCUGAAGAAGAAAGCUCAUACACCAUCGGCACCGCUAGCUCUGAUGCCGCCACCACCCUCUAUCUCAACCCAGGUGAACAGCGUCGGCCGCUUGCAGAUGCAGCUCCACCUGCACGGCCUGCAGCAAAACGCCAGCGACCUGCGCAAACAGCUCGGCCAGCUGCGCAAGACACAGGUGGAGAACCAGGCUUCGGUGAAAACUCUGCUGAAGCGGACAGAAGCGGAGCUGAAUGUGCGCGUUGCUGACGCCUUAAGAAAACAGGAGGAUCCUCUACAGAGACAGCGCCUCCUGGUGGAGGAGGAGAGACUCAAGUACCUCAACGAGGAGGAGCUCAUCAUUCAGCAGCUCCACGACCUGGAGAAGUCGGUGGAGGAGAUCCAGAAGGAGUCAUCUGUCAACCACAAGCUUGUGACAGUGCAGGAGCUGGAGGAGAAGGCCACCCUUCUGAGGAAACUGGGAGAAACGCUCACAGAACUGAAAAAUCAGUUCCCGGGCCUGCAGAGUAAGAUGCGAGUGGUGCUCAGGGUAGAAGUGGAGGCCGUCAAAUUCCUGAAAGAGGAGCCGCACAGACUCGACGCCCUGUUAAAACGCUGCAAGAGUAUAACCGACACCCUCGCCACCAUGCGCAAACAAGCGAAUGAGGGGGUGUGGAAGAAGCAGGAGGACUUCUCCAGUCCCUCAUCGAAGCACAACGACGACCUGCGAAAGUUUCCAGACUUUGACAUUCCCACUAGCCCAUCCCUCACCAUGAAUGACCUGGGGGGAGGCAACAGCCUGUCCAACUGGAGCCCCCACUCCAGCUUCAGCCGAAGCCACGGGAACCCGUCCGGCCCUCACAAGGACAGUUAUCCUCCUGUUCCCCACAAGGGCAGAGCCAUGGAGGAGCUGGAGCGCCGCGCUGCUGCGGACAAAGCUUUGUCCGUAGAGGUCCGACUGGCAGCAGAGCGGGAUUGGGAAGAGAAGCGGGCCAGUCUGACCCAGUACAGUGCUCAGGACAUCAACCGGCUGUUGGAGGAGACCCAGGCUGAAUUAAUGAAGGCGAUUCCAGAUCUGGACUUUGCCGCCAAGCAGAUUAAAACCUCCUCAAGCACAACUUCCUCCCAGAACCCUCAGAGUGGGACGGCCACCCCAGAGCACCGCGUCAGCAAACCCCAGCACAAGCUUUCUGGGAAGGAGGGAUCCAGGCGUGGCUCUGAUGAACUCACGGUGCCUCGAUAUCGCACAGAGAAACCCUCCAAGUCUCCUCCUCCACCACCACCGAGACGGAGCUUCCCGACCUCUCCAGGCCUGAUCACCCGCAUCGGAGAGCCCCUCAUUGUUGGAAAAAGUAUAAAGAAGUCUGAAUCUGAAGAGACUGAAGGCCAGAAGCCUCAUAUAAAACUGCGGAGGACCGUGUCUGAAAACCCUCGUCCUGCAUCGACACCCCCCACACUGGCCUCCGGGGACAAGGAGGAAGGGGAGGAGGAGAGAAUUGCUGCAGAAUUGGAGCUGUUUGAGAGAGUCCCACUCAGGCUCACACUGCCCCCUCCCCAUCCCCUGCCUGUGAGCCCUCACAGCAGGAAAAGCAAACCCCCCCGCAGACUGGACCUGUGGCCCUCUCAGGUCCCGGGCACCGAGGGAAGUCUCUUGUCUCCGGUCCCUCACAUCGUGUUGACAGACACAGCUUCGCCCACAGGCUCGGAGGAUCCCGUCAGAGAUUUAGCAAACAGCUCUGUGGAAGAGAGUCCGUCACGAGAUUUGAUAGGUCAUCUCUACAAGGCGCACAUUUCAAAGGACAGGGGAAGGGAUAUGGAGUUAAAACAGGAGCUCGCUCUGCUGUUGAUGGAGCUGGAGGUGAGGGCGGUGUCUUCUCUUGAGGCCCAGGAGCUCAGCAACACUACUGGAAAAGUUAUAAAGACUCUGACCAUCUCACCGCAGACGAAAGAAGUCUCUGAGGUUCAGCUGGGAGAGCGACCUCUCCUAGUGCUCUUCACGGAGGAACAAACAGUCAGAGAGGCCUACAUGCUGCUGUAUUCCCUUCUGGAGUCAACCAAGCCUGUUCCCAAACCCAGAGUCAAAUCUUCCCUUGGUUCAGGCAGACAGAGCUCUCUGGUGGAGGCUCUGAAAAGAGGGAUGGAGACAGGGGACAGGAGGCUGACGCUUCACAACACCGAAACUGAGAUGAUUCCUGAGGUACAGCCGGGGUUAGUAAACAGUUCUCUUGAGUCCAAUGGCUCGAGUAACAGUCGGAUGAGAACAACAGAAGAUGUCCGACGCAGCACCUACAAGAGGCUGGACAGCUUGGAGGAGACCAUUCGAGAGCUGGAGAACACCUUGAUAGAGCUCGGCGGCCAUCCCUCUGCAGAGCAGCUCUACGCUGAGACAACUCCAGCGCAGACGACCGGCAGUCCGUCCUCAGAGACCAAGAGGCCUCCGGUUCCACCCAAGCCGACGUCUUUGAACGCAGCAUCGACCCAGGGAGGGAACGUUUCCAGCGUCGGUAAAGUUCUCCACACCUCAGCUACCUCCAAGCUGAAGCACCUGCAGCAGAACAGCACAGACAAGACUAAAGGCGGCAAAAGAGAGGACUUCCUGAAGAUCCAGGGCCAGCAGCAGACAUGCACACCGUGGGUGACAUCUCUACUCGGCCCUCAGCUAAAGGCCUUGGGGACCAACAGAACCAGCGGCAGUAUUGAACCAUACAUCUCUGGCAUCAAAACGGGCAUUCUCUCAAGCCGAGUGCCCUCUCCUUCAGCAGCGUUAACCCCUGGCCAGAGGAAGCACCCCCAGGAGCGGGCGCUACCGUCCCUGAAAGCCUCCUCCAGUCAAGCAAAGGCGCUGCUGGCAAGCCUGACCGCCUCCGGCUUGAGCGCCGAGGCCCUGCUCCUCUCCUCCGCCCUCCGUCAUCACCGGCUCCUGCGCGAGCAGCGAGCCUCCUCCCUGCCUCUUCCCAGCAGCCAGUCCUCUUCCCCUACUCCCUAUGCCUCCCCUUCCUCCUCUCCCUCACCCACCACCCCUACUCCAUCCCUGUCUCCCUCCUCUCCCACCCCUCUGAGUUCCCUCACCCUCCCCUCUGGGGUUCUCAAGCCCAGCGGUCGUAGCCUUGACAGCUGCAGCGUCGACGAGGAGGAGGUUAGCAGCGAGCCUGUGAAAAAGGACCUCACCCCCGGCAACUCUCUGUGAGGAAGAGGAGGAUGAAGACAUAGGGGGACGCAUUUCAACAUCGUCAUGAACCAUAACCAUUUUUAAAGAUUUUUUUAUUUUGUCUGCAGUUUGCAGAGUCAUCAUAUUUCCAUGGAAAGAACUACCAUACUGUAAAUGGAGUCACUAUCUUCCUCCUGGACAAGUUUCCUCCCUCUGAUCUGGCUCCACAGUUUCUCUGAAGUUCUCCCAUACACUCAUACUGCCAGUUUCCCAGCUCAAGAGCGCACGAACGGCCCUCCCCUCCCACCAGCUGCCUGCUACAAGCUGAUGUGGUCUGGAUGAAUUAACUGACAGCACCGAUCUCAUAUAUACCCUCACUCAGUGGGUUGUUAGUGGAGUAGAUAUAUAAUAUCUGUGACUUUUAUCAUAGAAAAUAGAAUGCAAUAAUCACAAAGUGAGUCCUGUAGUCGUGUGUGUUCUGGAUAAUAUUACUCUCACUUACCUGCAUCACAGCAGAACGUGAGCCCGCUCAGAAAAAAAAAGAAGAAAAAAUCUAAAGUAGAUCGAGGUGAUGGUUGUGGUUUUAAGCUGUUAUUCGUUCAAAGGGCACUUGUGGCUUUUCUUGCAUCACACGUGUUUUACAUUCUGAACUGGUGCUACAUUUUCCCCUCUGUUUGUACACACUGUGUGAAGAGUUUACAUGACUGUCCCUGACCUUUGACCUGCGCUUUGUUGCAAGUGUACACAACACUGUCUGCAUAAGGAAUUCAUGACACGGUAUCUAUAUGCAGAUAUUCCCGGCGAAAGUAUGGAAUUAAUUAUGAAAAUUUUAUUGAAAUAACACUAUACCUACAAAAGCACACUGCAGGGAGCAGUCCUAUUAUAGCACACGUCUAUUCAAAAUGGAACAAACAUGCACAGACACGCAAACAGAAGGGAAAAAUGCAAAUCAUGUAAACAAAUGUUCAUACAGAUGUUAUAUACAAAUGUUGAAUCUCUGUGUGUGUGUGUGUACGAGCUAGUGAAUUAUGACAAUCAGGAUGUUCCCACUGUAGCAUCUCACAGGUUGCUAUGGCAUUUUUAGCACCUGACAUCACCAAACCAUCCCAAAGACUCAAGCACAUCCAGCUGCAGAUAACACACACACACACAUUCUGUCACACGUGCACGUGUAAAGCCAAGCUGUUCGCAGAAGCACAGACUCUGCUAGUUGAUAUUUUCCCUAUUUUUGUUCCAGGAUUUUUGGGUGAUGAUUCAUCUUAAGUCUCAUCUGUUGAAAGGAGCACUCUGGUUAAAAUAUGGAACGUGAUUUCCCCCUUCAAGGAAUCGGAUGUGCUGUGUUUUCUCCUUUGUUUUGAAUUUUUUUACAUUUUUCAAUUCGCAGACCUUAUUGAAGAAGCUUCUUUAUACAAGAACAAAAUGUAUCUUUACUCUAGUGAAUUGAUGAGUCCUGACAUCAUCUCAACCCUUGGGUAGUCUUUGAAAGAUAAAUCAGCACAUAUUUAGAAUCUCUAGAUGCAGCACGACUCUGAAAGGGUCUGAGAGGAGAAUAUAGAAAUAUAAAUCAAGCACAGUUUCCUCUCACACACAUUUCUUACCCUAAUUUUCACUUAGUGCAUCUGGUUGAUCACGACGAGCACAAAGCCACAAGGGCGAGAGACAGAAAAACAUUCCCGCACAUUAAAAAAACAUGUACAUCUGUACAUUAGAUUUAACCGAUGUUUCCGUAGCCUCGUUUGGUUUUUAUUACCUGCAUGUUCAGACAUGAAACAUUUAUGAAUGUCCGGCCCUCUGAGUUCCUCAGCAACAGAAGUUUAAAGCACCUCAAAGGUCUGUCAGCGUGACCCCUGCACAAGGAACCACUUUGAUGCUCCCUGCCCUGUGUUGUCGCCUCGUGCCGAGGUUGAACGGACAGUCGUGGACAAAGUGAUUUUUUUUUUGGGACUGUGUGAAAUCGAUUCUUUGUGGCAUUGAGAUUAAAACAUGUGCAAAGGGGCUCAUGUCAACGAGUAGGCAGCUUGAGGAGAGAGGAUUAGUUUGGAGACAUGUGUCGGAAGGCUACUUUAAUAAGGGCGGCUUUGAGCUGCCGUCUCCAUCGAGAGCGCUCGCGACAUGAAGGGCCCAAAGAGAUGAGAGGAAGGGUUUGACAGUGAGGGAGCCAUUAAGCGGCUGUUCAUUCCCUGCCCCUUUCACUUUGCUUUGUCUUUGGUGUGGGGCAUCCGUGAGAUAAAAAACACUCAGUUGAGGUCGCGCUUGGACAAAGCUUGAUGGGCCUCAGUUAUGAACAGUGCAAUAUGUAAUUAGCACUCUUACAAGUUUACCAAGACAGUGCUUUCACCCUUUGGGAAACCCCUGCCUGUUUUUCUCUAGAAGGACCUGUACCAGUGUUUCUGUUUUCCCAGUGCCUCUGAGAUUUUGUUCUUGCCAGAAGUCCUACGUUGAUCUUGUGUGACAGUAUUAGAUCGACAGCAAUGACAGAAUAACACUUUUACCCAAAGAAGAGGCUGCCAAAAAAAAAAGGGCUUACCCCCAUUUUUUUUUCUGCAGCAUAAAGGAAACCGCACUUGCAAUGCAGAGUGUGUCAGGUUGCAGCGGUGACAUGUGACCAAAACACUCCCUCAGAUCUGUCAAAGUGCAAAACUGCGAGCCCUCAGCGCAGCGAAUUAAGCCGCACCCUGGGCGCUCGGCAGCUCUGCCAGGCAGGUUCGAGCCCCGGGCUCCGUAUUGAGUGAAGUCACAUGAAAGAAAUUCACUUACUCAUGCUGUUCCACUCUCAAAUCCAUAACUUUUCCGAGUUGAAUUUGCUGCAUUGGCGUCUGGAGAGCGUUGGGGAGGAAGUGUUCAUGCUCGGCCGCUUUUCCCUAAGUGACAUCUGAGAUGAAACCCUCCGAGAUUCGCGUGACGUUGCCCUCUGGAAUGAUUUCUGUUUAUUUCAUUUUUAUUUUUUCCAAGACAAGUGUUGCUGUGAUUUCAACAUGGCUGAACGCUUAGAGGGCAUGUUGUGGAGACCCCUGGCAAUCAGAAAAACUAUUGCAAACUUGAAAUCAAACCUAGAAGAAAUAUACAUAUAUAAAUAUAUCUAAGUGCGAUGUUUGUGUAUGAUAUUAUAAUUGUGAAGAAAAGUGUGAUAUAUAUAGGCCUAGAUUAAAUUAUAUACUGUAAAAUGUCAUCUCUUCGGUUUUAUAUAUUAGUGACCAUUUUGUACAGAUGUUUUUUUUUCUUUUUUAACUCAUUGUAAGAGAUAAUAACAUUUCACACUGAGAUUAUUUAUUCAUAUGCAGAACAUUUUUAUAUUUGUUUAAAAAUAUCUGUAUAGAUAAGAGUUAGCCUCUGUAAUAUACACUGAAGUUCAUUUUUUUUUUAUUCUAGGCUUUUCUUUAUGAACACUGAGUUUAAUGUGAUUUUCAUUUAUGAAAAGCCUGUCCCUGAAAACACUUGUCCAGCUCGUCUGCGCCUUCGCCUCCUUAUGUGAAGGGUAACAUUGAGGUGUCAGUGGCUGGACCAGUGCCUGUGCUUCGGGGCUUAUUUUGCUACUAUCUUUUAAUUUUGAGGGGUUUAUUUGGAGUAUCUGUGGUUUUCUUUUCUCCCACCCCAUCUUGUGUUUGUGGUUUGGCUGGCAUUAGUGAAGGUGGAAAUGGUCAGAUAUUGUCACUACUACUGUGAGAGAAGAGUCAAUUCGCCUGAAGGCUUCAUUUAGAGCCUUGCUGCUUUGACGUUAAGGAGUUAAAAAAGGCUUUAAUUUUCCUCCGUGUCAUGUUUGCAUGUGAACAGGAACAGUAGCAGUGUGGAUGCUCAGUGCAGAAAGCGUUCAGAGGCAAAUCGCUCUGAAUCAUCACAACAGGUGGGAGUGGGUGACGUCGCUUAUUCUGCUCCAGUUGUUGCACCAAGUGGCUUUAAGUAGCAGUUGAGCGAAAACACAAGCUUUGUUUAAAAACCACCACGACGGAUCAAAAAGGGAAUUACGUGACGUUUUAUCUCUUCCUUUGCCAUUGUAUUUUUUUUUUUUUAUAUAUAUAAUGAACCUACAUUCUAUAGUAUGUAAAUGAGGUUUUUACAUGAAUGUGUGGAUGUUCCAAAAUCUUGGCAUCGAAAAAGCAGAGAAAAACAAAAUUGACUUGUAAAUAGGCCGAGUCAUUCCUAGCGAGUUCAACAAAUUGUUAUGUCCAAAAGAAGAUGUUUUAUGAAUAAACUAUGACGAUGGGUACAAAGUUAUAUACAAAACAAUGCAUGUAUAGUUUCAAGCAAUCGCACGGUGCAGUUGAAAAAAUGUUGUCUCCAUGUUUUCUCAAAAAGAAACGAGAACAAGAGGAAGAGGAAAGUGGUUGUCUAUGUUAGAGGUUUACAAACAUGAAGAAUGAAGACAUUAUUCUGGUAUCUGUGACGCAGGCAUGUUCAGUCUUACUGUGAUGUUAUGUGGUGGUGGUGAUGAUGAUGAUGACGAUGAUGAUGAAGAUAGAGUGCUGAAUGUCUUAAGAGGUUGAAAAGCUUGAACGCACCCCAACCAGAGACGUUCACCAGCGUUGGUGAACUCUUUCCACAGAGUGAUUCUCCCAUUUGUAGAGUAGUGUGAUAUAAGAACAAGAAUAACACAGAAAAUAGAUCUAUAAUAUAAUGAUAUAUGAAUUCAAAAGCCUACUGAUACUGGAGAUACUAAUUUAUCAGUGUGGAUGCCAUGAUAUUCUGUGAGAUGUGUGUGUUUUUCCUGUGAGAAGACGGCGGGCAGUUGAACCUGCCUUCUUUUGUACAUAACUUGCUGUGAUUGUGUGUCCAAUAAAGUGCAGCUCUCUUGUA